AAUAAAAUAGCCCUUCUCUAUACUUUGCUUAAGGCAACUUCUCUUACGUGCAAUGUACAAGAAAUUCCUGUUCAUAUUAAAUCCGAUCAAACCUAAAUUUAUUACACAUAAAUAUAACAGUACUUUAAAUUUGGUUGGAUACAAACAAGGCUGAUCUAGGUAAAAGUGUUUUCCCACAAUCCACAGCCUUAAAUUUGCCUCUCCAUUACAACUCUCGUUCCAUCCCUCCCCCCCCACCCCCACCCCCCGCGGUUGCUUUCUUGGAACUGGAAACCAUGUCGAGCAACAACAAUGGAGUCCAUGUACUAGUUUUCCCUUUUCCAGCACAAGGCCACAUGCUUGCCCUUCUAGAUCUAGCUCACCAGCUCUCUCUCCGUGGUUUGACCAUUACAGUCUUGGUCACUCCACGAAACCUCCCAAUCUUGAACCCACUUCUCUCUGCCAAUUCUUCCAUCCAAACACUUGUUUUCCCCUUUCCAUCCGACCCUUCAAUCCCUCCAGACGUGGAGAAUCUCAAGGAUCUUGGCAACCAUGGAAAUAUGCCCUUCAUAGCUGCCCUCAGCAGACUUCAAGAUCCUAUAAUUCAGUGGUUUAAGUCACACAGCAACCCUCCAGUGGCCCUUCUCUCUGAUUCGUUUCUUGGAUGGACUCAUCACUUGGCUAAGCAGCUUGGAAUUCCAAGGAUUGCUUUUUACUCUCAUGGAGCCUUGGCAUGUGCUGUUUUUGAACAUCUUUGGGCAAACUCUGAGGCUAUCAAACCUGGGACUGAGAUGAAGUUUCAAGAUUUACCGGGGUCGCCGAGUUUUGCUUGGGGCCAGCUUCCAUCCCUGUUCCGACGCUACAUGGAAUUAGUAUAUCAGAAUGAGAAAACAAGUGCUGACUUGAUCAAGACUUCAAUGAUAGCCAAUGGUUUGAGUUGGGCCUCUGUGUUCAACAAUUUUGAGGCCUUGGAGAAUGAGUUCAUGGAAUACUUGAGAAGGAAAACGGGUCAUCCCUGUGUUUACAGUGUUGGCCCGCUCAAUAUGGUGGAUGGGUCCGAGAAGUUGCAGGUAAGUGAUGAGAAGUGCGACUCUAAUGAUGGUGUUUUCCGUUGGCUUGAUCAAUGCGCGGGUGGGUCUGUUUUGUAUGUCUGUUUUGGGAGCCAAAAGUUUCUCAAGAAGGCUCAAAUGGAGGCCCUGGCUAUUGGGCUUGAGAGGAGUGGUGUCCGAUUCAUUUGGGUCGUGAAGCCUUUGACGGCACAACAAGUGGAGGAUGGGUAUGGAUCAGUACCCGAUGGGUUCGAGGGUCGGGUUAUGGACCGAGGUUUUGUUAUAAAGGGAUGGGCGCCACAAACAUUGAUACUAAGUCAUCAAGCAGUAUGUGGAUUCCUGAGCCACUGUGGAUGGAACUCAGUGUUGGAAGCAACAGCAGCCGGUGUAAUGAUAUUGGGUUGGCCUAUGGAAGCAGACCAAUUUCUGAAUGCUAAGCUGCUGGUGGAUUACAAGGGUGCUGCAGUUCAAGUGUGUGAGGGCAGGGAUACAGUCCCCGACACAACUGAGCUGGCUCGAAAGAUCGCAGAAUCAAUGAAUGGAGAUACAGUAGAGAGAGUCAGAGCAAAGGAACUGAGAAACAAGGCCUUGGAAGCAAUUAAGGUUGGUGGGAGUUCCACCAGAGGUUUGGAUGGGUUUGUUCAAGAACUAGCCAAACUUCAAGUGACAAAUGCUUGAUCAUAACAAAUCCAGGCAAGACUGCAAUAGACACCCCACUUCAUGGGGAACCAAUUCAUGUGAAAUUUAAGCAUGUUGGUAUUGUAUUGCGCCAUUCCUAAAAUCAAAAGUUUCUGCACAGAGCAAAUAAACUAUUACCCGAUGUAAACAA